CGAUGCCGAUUCCAUUCCUCGAUCGCAACCCCACGAAGAGGGAAGAGAAUAGCGGGGAAGAGGACCCGGGAGACCAAGAGAUCCCAUGGCGACGGCCCUCUCCUCGUUCCGCUACGGCGACAGCCUCGUGGUGGUGGGGAUCUCCGUAUGCACCGCCUUCCUCUGCGAGGGCAUCUCCUGGCUCCUCAUCUACCGCACCUCCACCUACAAAUCCCUCCGCUCCUCCAUCGACAAGGCCUCCAAGAAGCUCGAAUCCAUGAAAUCCACCUCCUCCUCCUCCGCCGCCGCGACCUCCGGCGCCGCUGCCGGGGCCCCCGCUGCCUCCUCCAAGAAGCCCUCCUCCCGGGCCAAGAAGAUGGACCGGGUCGAGACCAGCCUCAAGGAGUCCACCCGCGACCUCUCCCUCUCCAAGUUCAAAUCCGGUGCCGUCGUCGCCGGUGUCCUCUUCGUCGUGUUCGGUCUCCUCAACUCUCUGUUCGAGGGCCGGGCCGUGGCGAAGCUCCCCUUCUCGCCGAUCCCUUUGGUGCUGAAGAUGAGCCACCGAGGGCUUCCGGGAACCGAUCCCACUGAUUGUUCCAUGGUCUUUCUUUACUUCCUUUGCUCCAUUAGCAUCCGGACUAAUCUCCAGAAGUUCUUGGGGUUCUCGCCCCCGAGAGGGGCCGCCGGGGCCGGGCUCUUCCCCAUGCCUGACCCCAAGAUCAGUUGAUCAUAGGAAUAUGAUGAUUUCGAUUCAAGGUUUAGAGCCUGAAUACCAUCAGAAGGAGCGCACUCUCUCUCUAUAUGCACACGCACAAACAUCUGUCUUGGGAGGUCAUGUUCAGCAGUGGUCAUACAACCAUUAUACAGAGCUUGAAUCUUUGAUUGUGUUGUUAGUUGGCAUUUCUUUAUUAGUCCGGGAGGAGUUGGUGGAUUUCCUUUCAAGUUGCUUAAGGUUGGGGGCAUUGCGUUUAUGCAUCAAAAGCAUGGGAACAUUAGAAGAAUAGACUUAUGGAUCUGAUAACAACUAUAGAGUUCACUCAUCAUGAAGAGAUAAAGAACAGUGUAACCUUCCCAUUGAUUCUGUGAACUUAUUCAAUAUAUUAGUAACAUAACUGCAACCUUGGCAAUUAGUUUCUGUAAGAUAAUAUUGAAUAUGGGAUAACAAUUCCACUGGAUUUUAUUAAGGUUAUUUUUAUGCUUUCCUGUGGGUGUAAUACUUAAGGGCUAAGAGGCAAAUUACAUGGUCAGUACAGUCAAUGUAAAGCAAGCUGUUGAGUUGGUGAGGUGCAAUUUUCUUUUAUGAUGUACAUUGCUAUAUCUGACUAGUAAGGCAUUGCAACAAGGCAGGCAAAACAAUUUAAUUUUAGUUGCUUUGCAGAUGUAAGACAAAUGAAAGCUAACUAUUUGGUAUUUUUGGCAUUUUA